AGUUAGAGAUAGGCAAGCACGCCGCUCGCACGAAUCCGCCGCACAAGCGCUGAACGAACGACUCCAAGAUGGCCACCGGCCCUAAGGUAGUACACAAGCAGUUCAACUCGCCCAUCGGGUUGUACUCCCAGCAGAACAUCAAAGAAACCCUUAACAAGCACCUACAAAAUCUGGAUAACGGCACAGUGGGAAUCGAUUUCAAUAACCCCGGCACGGACAAACCAGCCAACCUCGCUAACUCGGCUGUCCUAAGGAUGCUGGAAGAAGAAGAGCGGAACCGCAGGGGAUAUCCUAAGUUAGACCCUACUCAAGUGCAGGCGAUUCUGGACACCCUGGUACGCACCGACCACCGGUUCGAUUCCCACUGGCCCCCAGAGCAAGCCAGGAUGCGAUCAGCGCGCAGCUGGGAUGGCCAACUCAACCACGCAGGACAUAUUUACUCUGAAUUCAUGAAGGCUACCAAAGGCCAAAAGAAAGUCGUGUGGCCGCCAGUGCCCGAGACAAACGGCUAUCAUCAGCCUCAACAGCAAAAUACCGCAUACAACGCGCAGUACUCGCCGUCAGCGCAGCCGCAACAGCAACAAUACCAGCAGCCCCAAUAUCAACAGCCCCAAUACCAACAGCCCCAACAUCAACCACCUCAAUAUCAACAGCCCCAAUACCAACAAUCCCAAAAUCAGCACCAAUAUCAACAACAAGCGCCACAAUCUCAACCGGGGUAUUGUGAAGGGCGUCGCCAAGAGACCACCGGCCUUAGCAAACUAAUCCCUGUAGGGCCAGGAGUUACUGCCGGCCCUACACCCCAGUCUCCUUAUCGCCAAGGUCCUGCGUCACCAGGGAUUGCCCCACAGCCCUACCGACAGCAGAGCAGCCGUUGGGCCCCUGUGCCUGCUCCUCUUUCCCCACAGACGCACGGUUCCCAGCCAAACUAUCAACAGCAGCAGUACUCCCAAUCGCAGUACUCACCGUCCCAGUACUCGCCGCAACCACAAUACUCGCCGAGCUACUCAGAACCGGCAUAUCAGACACCGCAGAAACAGUACGAGCCACCACCGACAACUAUCACUUUGCGUCCACAACCGCCGGUGCACCAGCAACCACCUCCAGUUUUUCCUAGCCAACCCGCCACAGCAUCCUUUAAAGGAGGCGUCAAUAUGCGUGGAGACAUGAAGUGGCCACCGCAGUCGGUGAAGGAAGCAGUAGCUGCCGAAAAUGAAGCUAGGCUACAGCUUGCUAAAGGUCCUGCCUGCAGACCACGCAAGCUGCGGCAAUUCUCGCUUGCCGAAUUAAUUGCCAUGAACGAGGUGUAGGAGUCGUUCCAUACUAAAGCAGGACUUAAUGCCGAGUCGUAAAGAAGGAUUACACUCAAUUCUUCGCGAAGAAUGCGCUCAACCACAACUACCCCGGCUACCGUGUACCCCCCGGAACGCAACACUACGAAGAUCAAUCGGGCCGGUCUUCCUACUAAUAAGAAAAUACCAUUUAGUAUUAUGAAAUAGUCAACUUCGAAUCUUAAGGAUCAUCCACGGAAUUACUAAGAUACGAAAUUAAUAUUUACUUUGAUCACUCUAACAGUAUCUUGUAUCUACAUUAUAAGUAUUUCAGCGACUUCACUGGUAGGGUAAUGUGUCUACAUAUCAAUUUCCUUAUAUUUGGGGCAACAAAUCAGUGAAGUUGAAGAAAUAUUGAGCAUUUCAUUCUUCUAUCAUCUAAUAACACCGCGAAGUCUUAGAGGCAAUGACUUCAGAGUAAGUACUUGUAUAGACUUUAGGCAUUAAAGUCUUGUGGCAUGUACGGGAUUACAACCAGUACUUAAUUUUAGUAUUUAAUUUAUUUUUAACCAUCAAUUAGUGUUUAAGUAUAAAAAAUAUAAAAAUUACAUAAAAAAUAUUAUAGCACUGUCAUAUGAGCCAUCAAUAAAUCAUUACCUAUUUAUUAUAUUGAACGUCUAAACUAACUUAAUUUCGAUACAAAUGUGCGGCUUUAUACAUUGCGAAAUAUAUGCGAAACAAGUAUAAUAUACGCUUCUAAUACAAAUUGUAAAUAAUGCUCAUUUGCUCUGAUUAUUAUAAUCAUUAUUAUCUUCUUGUUUAUAAUAUCAUUUAAGCGAAUUGCUUCUAUAUAAUCAGAUGUAAUAUUAACCCCGCGUUCGAAGAUUGGUCACAUAAAUUGGCUGACGCUUACCUACCUAGUCAUGAAAAAUUUGUUUUAAUAUUUAUUUUGUAUAUAAAAAUUACAAAAUUGCAUUGUUUAUUUGGUAUUGUGAUUAUAUUUUAAUGGAAUAAAUUGUACCAAAUAUAUAUU